GGUUGUCAGUUUCUUUCCUUUCUGUGAUGACAACAUUGCCCACCUUUGGGGACUGGUAGGCGCAAUGUCUCGUAAUCAUGAGGCUAACAGUUAUAGCCAGAGCUACAAAUUAGUUGUUGUUGGAGGCGGCGGUGUUGGAAAAAGUGCCUUGACUAUUCAGUUUAUACAGUCAUACUUUGUUACGGACUAUGACCCAACUAUAGAAGACUCUUACACAAAGCAGUGUGUAAUAGAUGAUGUUGUGGCCAGGCUGGAUAUUUUGGACACAGCAGGCCAGGAAGAGUUCAGUGCUAUGAGAGAACAGUACAUGAGAUCAGGGGAGGGGUUUUUACUCGUCUUCUCUGUUAUAGACCGCAGUAGUUUUGAUGAGAUCUAUAAAUUUCACAAACAGAUAUUAAGGGUGAAGGAUAGAGAUGAAUUCCCCAUGUUAAUAGUGGCUAACAAAGCGGACCUGGAACAUAUGCGAAUGAUAAGUCGAGAUGAAGGCAUAGAGUUGGCCCGUCAGUUGGACCUUUCCUAUAUUGAAGCCAGUGCAAAACUCCGCAUGAAUGUUGACCAGUCUUUCUAUGAUUUGGUUCGAAUUGUCAGAAAAUUUCAGGCAGAAGAACGUCCGCCUCCCAAGAUGGUGAAGAAGAAGAAAGUGCGGAGCUGUCAGUUGUUGUAGUUGUACACAAGAAGUCCUGCACUACUCUGUUGUUGUUGUAGUGGUCAUGUGACUACUGUGGUCAUCACUCGAUCAUUCUCACCCCACAAAGCUCAUCAUCCACCAGUAGGACAGUUGAUCGCUAAACACCCCGAAAUCUAAGCCCAACCUGUGUAUAUAUACCUUACGAAUCAUUUAAUGGUGACUGCUGUUGGAACGUUUGUUUUACUUUAAGUUUUUGUCCUGAUUUUAAUUUCUACUGGUAUCCUAUUUUACUAAAACUGUGAAUAAGCUGUGUACUUAUGUGUGAUAUGUACUGGUACUGUGUGGAUAAUAGCUAGCAGUUGAGAAUCAUUACACAUACAAGUAUUAAUGGAGCAGAAAAUUUGCCCAUGCUUCCAUUAAUAAACACAUGGUAAACAGGUGACAGCUCCUGUGAAUUUUUCAGAACUGGCCCAUAUAGAAUUGAAAAGUUACCAGUCUUGGUAAGGUGACUGUAAGGAGGUCAGGGGUCAUCCACCUCUCUAGAAAUGGAGGCUAUAAUGGUCUUACUCACUCUUUACCCUUUAACUUUUUUUCACAUGUUUCCAUGAGGUUUGUAUUCUUGUGAUGUGACAUUUUUACAGGUCAUGCACUUUAAUGUACUGUAGCUAUUUAUGUCACAGAUGUGCACUUCAAAUAUUUUAAAAAGCAAACUGAUUUGACCUCCAUUUCCAGAGCUCGAUAUCCUCACAUGUCGUAUCUGUAACAUAUCUAUUGACCUUGGCUACAUAACAGUUGUCACGGCCUAAAAUAUGUUAAAAAGAGCAGUAAGGAUUUCAGAUUAUGAUAUGUAAUGGUAUCUAAAAUGGCUUCAACGAACUCAAAUUUAUUACAGUGUCAUCUUUUAUGGCGGCUGGCUUACUUUUCAUCUGGUUUAGAUUUGAUAAACAUUAUUGGCAAAAAUUACAAGCUUUUCACUCUAUAAUGUACCUGUGUUGUAAUUUCAUCAAUGUUCUAAUCAUAUAUUGUUGCUUGUAUGUGGAAUAUGUUAAUGUGUUAUACAUGUUCAGACAUGUCCUUCUUUUUUUCUCAUUUAAAUCUUUCCAAGUAACUUAUCUAAAUGGUACAUGUAUGCAGAAUGAAACAAACUCAACACAUCAGAAUACAAUAUGCCAAGUUGUAGAACGCAGAAUCUAUCAGGUGUGCGUUUUAUGACAUAAGUACAUAUACUUGUAUAGAGGUUAAUUAUUUUUUUUUUCGAACAAAGGCAGCUCAGUUCAAGUUUCUUGAACCUGACUCAGCAAAUUAGUUACCAUCUAGUCAAACCUCUGGUACUUUUUCUUUGUUAUUUAUCUACCAGGAAUUAGUCUGGCUAUAUGAAUAAAUUAUUUAAUAUAUUUGAUCAUAGAUAAGGUACUAUAAAUGGACGUGGAUAAGGGAAAGAAGCAUAAGUAUACAGAGAGCUUCUGGUAUUUUAAAGAGAUAAGUGCUUGCAUUUUUGCUGGUUGAGUGUACUUGAAAACAAGUGAAAAUGAUCAAGUUGUAAAAGUAUGCAUAAGAAGCUCAUAUAUGAUCCUUAGUCAUCAUUAUCAUGGAAAUACAUGGUCAGUGCAUGGAAGAUAAUGCUCAUAAUAUACCCCGUAGCAUGUUACAUGCUGUUAACCAACAUGGAAGAAAACUUUUUGUGUUGUCAAAUUCAGUAGAUAAAUGCAAAACUGUAUGUACAAAAUCGUACACCACAUCUUUCUAGGAUAUCAAAUCUUUGCUGAGUCCUAAAUAUAUUGAAAGUAGUUCGAUUAAUUUGUGACCUUAUUAACUUUUGUUUUAAUAAAGAAUUAAAUGCAGCAGUGAGAUUCAUUUCCUUCUGACAUGAAGGUAGAUGACAUUGCAAACCUGCUAUCUUGUAAGGUUGCAACUUUGGGUAAAAAGUGCCAUUACAGUUUGGAAGUGACCACUGCUUGCCAGAAGUCUGAUUUUGUGCAUGGGAAGCAUUUCAAAACUAUCACAAGAAAAAUGACAAACUGUAUAACUGCAUAAUGAAGCGAGUGUGUGCUACUUGCUUAUCGUGUAAUCUUAUCACUGAGUAGUAUCUUCGUAUCGUCAAUACAAAAUCCUUCAACACCCUGCGCAUAUCGCAUUAUUUUAAAGGCAUUACAAUGACCUAUGCCCACCCCACUCAGUUAUGCACAGUGUCUGAAGUUGAAGGCAAAACAGCAUUGAAGUAUAGGCCUACUUAUAAAUUAUUUGUAUAGAAUAGGUAAUUCUGUUCAAAUCUUUGUUGAAGAGAAGAAUUAUAAACAGAGCAAUAUAUCUGUUUGCAUCAGAGCUGAGGCUGUACAUGUUGUGGUACAUACACCGUAGCUGUGCUGGUACAAGCACUGUAACUGUACUGGGUUGAGCGCAUCUUUAUAUGAUUUAGAUUAAGUCUGGGAUUAAGAGAUGGAUAAUCUUAUCAUUAUUAUAUUAUCUGUCUGUCUUAAUCCCAGAUUAAGUGCAUCACCCCAUGUAUGGUCAGAUGAAAUAGACUCCUCUGAAUUACUUCCUUAUUACACGAAAGCGACUGAUGUAAUGCAAGAUUAGUUUUUGAAAAUUAGAAAAUGCGAGAAGUGUGAUAAGCAUGUAGUGCAUAGAUUAUGUCACCACAAUGACCAAUAUUUUGUAGGUAAUAAAAUGUAAAAAUACAUGAUAUCAACUUGUGGAAUGUAGAGAGAUCUUUAGGGAAGUCCAUGUUUUUCAGUUUCAGUGUUUAAUGAAGCUGUCUGUUGUAUUUAAUUAGGGUCGACAUUUUAAAAUUACCUUUGAAUGGAUUAAAAAAUACAUAAGAUUGGUCCUUAACCUUCCAAAGAAAUUUAUAAAAUGAAGAUCUCUCUUAAAUCUAGGUCUUCAACUAGUUUAAACUCUGAAAUUUGGCACUAACCACACCUUACUCCUGAAAACGCACCUGUUAAAGGAGAGUGUGACCUCAAGGGAGGUAAUUCGAUGCAAGACUAUUGUAAGAUGAAGUAUACAGUAGUUAAUCUUCUGUCACUGUCUAUGUAUUUUACUGCAGUUUUGUCUUCACCCUGUGUUGCUGUAACUGAUGUAGAUAAACUCUGGCCUCUAUGCCAGGCUUGUAGGCUUAAAUACGGCCUCACAUCGUGUUUGAUUCCAAGCCAGUUUUUAUGCAAGAUGUUUGAAAUGAAAACUACAGAUGUGCUGGAUUGAUUUGGAACAUCCAGAUUUUGGGAGAAAGCAAAACCUCAGAAGAAAUAUCAAAGCAGAUCAUGGCACCUUUGUUAAACUAUAUAUUGUAUUUUGAAAUGUUCAGGAACUAAAUUUAGCAAUGAUAAUUAACAUUAAUUUAACUUAGUAUGAAUUUAGAUUUACACAUCCUCUACCAUAUGUCACAGGUGUGUUUCUUAACUAUUAUUACCAGAGUUGUUAAUAAAAUCUACUUGUAUGUUACAUGUAUAACUAUUCUAGCUAUAGUGUUAGUUAUGUACUCAGUACUCCCACCUCAAUAUCCAGCUUUAAUGUAAUCAUGUACACGACGGAAUGCCUUGUGUCUUCCAUAGCAGUUGUCACCUGUACUCAGUCCUGUUACAUUAGUUGUCAUGUUAAUUUUUCCUCAUACUUUACACUUUGAUUCGACCUGUUCACAUCUAUUUCAUAGUGAGCUUUUUUGUAUAAAAAAGUUCCAAGAAUCUAGUUUCAGUUCCUGUACAAAUGAUUUGUUAUUGUUGAAUUCCUUUACUACUGUAUUAUAUCAGUUCCAGCUUGUUGACUUCAGUAUCAUUAAUAUAUUACCAGGGACAUAUUUAAUAGAUCUUAUAAUCAUAUAACGGUGGGACUAUUAUGGUAAGCAUGCAGUCUUCAGUACAUACAUAAUGUUUAGAUAUUAAAUGUUCAUAACUGCACAUUUGAAAUAUGUUCUUCACUAUAUUUUCUUGAACAUGUAGGACAGUUUUCUAAGGUGCAGUUGUUAUGUGCUAGGCUGUCUUUGAGUUACUUCAGGACGACAACAUUGUGACAGUUCAGUGCUAAAUGACGUCACUGCUUUAUGGCAUAGUAGAACUAAUCUAAUCCUGUUCAGUUAGUUUUCAGUAUUCUAUACACCACCUCUUCAUGAAAUUGACUGUCACGUCAUGUUGUAAGAGGACAUCACUCUUUUGUAGUAACUCAAAAUGUGCGUAUUAAAAUGAGAAGGCCUGCUCAGCAGUCUGGGUGUUAGAAUCAGCCAGGAGGUUGUUUAGUAGUUUAUCUGUUCACCUUUGAUGGCAGUAUCAAAUUAGUUGUGUACCUUAAUCAGACAGACAUGUGCACUUAUGGGGUUUCUGACCUCUACAUGACAUCACUGUCAACUAGAAAUGCUCAUCCUUAAACUUUACAAUUUUUGUUCCAUAUUUCGAUACCCAUAUUUAAUAUUGAUCAACUUUGAGAUCUCAAUCAAUCAUUUAUGCUUAUCUCAUUCAUCACAAUCUUAUCAAUCAUUCACUCAUACCAGACCUCUAAGCGAUAAUUCAGCUAAUUCCAAACUAAUCCAUGGAAAUGUUUUGCAAAGAUACUCUGGUAUUCAGCCUAAAGACACCUGGACCUGGUUGAUCAGAAACAGUGGUAGUAUAACAGAAAAUGAAAGAUUUUUUGCAUUCUUUUAUUUCUUUACAAGGGAAAUAAUUUAAUCAAACCAAAGAUGGGUGUUUGCUUAAGUUACGAAUUUUGGAUUUUGGAUUAAUUUUAUUAUGUUGAGUAUUAUAUGAUGGAAAGAACAGAAGGAUUUCCUCAGGGCUCUGCCCGGUUUCCUCCCACCAUAAUGCUGGCAGCCGUCACAUAAGCGAAAUAUUCUUGAGUACGACAUAAAACAUAAAUCAAAUAAAUAAAUAUAUAGAUAAGAUGGAAAGACCACAAGUCCAGCUAUCUCCACUAUUUUAAUAUAAAUAGAAACCAAAGAGGUAGUGUUAAAUUUUGAUUUCAAAGCUUCUAAAAUGUAUUUAAUUGGCAUGAAAUUCAUGUAAGGUCAAAUCAUGUUAUAGAGUAAGACUUGCAUGGUAUUGGGUAGAUUCUUGUCCACAUGUCAGUCCAAUCAUUUUAUUUGUUGAGAAGUACGAUUUCACAUAACAUGAACUGCAUCCUGACAAGGAAAGCAUAUAAAGAGGUCAAGUAUUUCUGCGAAUUCGUCUUUUGCAUACAGUUUUCUCUGUUGGAGGAAGGGGUUUUAACUCAAUAGUCAUGUUGCAAUGUAUUUAAUGUGGAACCACUCUGAAAUUCUGAAAUCAGGACUGAUUUUCUGUUACAAACCCCAGGGAUAUUUUAUUUUAUACAAACUUCUUUUUGAGCUUUGCAAAUUAUUUUUUUAAGACUCUCAGUUACAGAAGUAAUGCUGAAACUAAUGAUUGUUACAUGUACUAUGUUACAUUUUAAGCAGGCAAGUUUUAUUUUCAUCUGCUACUGUAUUUUGUUAAGAAAUUAUUCGUACAUAGUAUUACCCUGUCAAUUCCACUGUCUGAAUGAAAUUAGAUUGAACAGGAUUGACAAGUAAAUAAAGGUGCCCUUAUUUCUAAAGUUAAUAUUGCAACAUACUCAAACUUGACGCAUUCCAUAAUGCAUGUAUGUUAAUCCAUCACCAUCCCUGUGUAAAGUAUGUGGACUCAUUCUGUUUAUUCAUGGGAUGUAAGGUAAGCAACAAACUUGAAAGGCCAUUCUUGAAUUUAGCAAGAAUUUUGAAAUUUCUUUUUUUGCAAAAAUAAACUGAAUAAAUAAAAGAAAGGAAAUAGAAAAAAUGUUUCAUCUUCUGUGGAGUAUCUCAUUGUGACAUGGUAAAGAGUGGAGGAUGUAAUGGGUCCGCUGACAACAGUUUGCUCUCCUGCUGAUACAUUACAAGGUUGUUGUGAAGAGGUGCUAUAGGGCCAUUCAACAGAGCAUACAGGCAAGCCUUUGUAAAAUAGACUGAUAUUUUUGCUGACCACCUAAUGACAUUAAUGCAAGUUUCAUUGGUUACAGCAAAACUUCUUGCCAUAUUAUUUACAAAUGAAAAAAUUGUAUGUCCCAUUUUGAAUUAAACAACUGAUAACAUUUAAAGCUUGCUUUGUGUUGAAUGCACCUGUUUACUUAUAAGAGAUUUGCGGAGUUAAAAUGAUUGAUCAGUUUCUAGUAAAUGUCUUAAAAGCUUUGGGAAAUUCCUUUCCAAUGUUUAUGUUCGAUGUAUAUGUAAUAUAGUGUUAAGGACUUCCUUAAAACAAUGGAAAUAAAUUAUGCAAUUGUGUAUUUUGUUGUUAAUGUACAAUGUAUUCAUAUUGUAAACCCUUUUACCCCCCACAUUUACACAAAUUACAGUCUAGAAAUGUCUGUGUGUAGCAUGUUAGUGUCCUAUAAUAGAUAUUUUAUCAAGUUAUAUAUAUUUUUGUAAAAAUUCCCUGGGUAAUCGAGUACUGGUGGAUUAAUCGUGGCUAUAGACUGUGUUUGUGUUUGUAGUCCGUAUGGUUGAUGUCUGUUAAUAAACUAUACUAGUAGUUCA